AUGCAACUAUACAGAGAACAAACAUGGAAUGAAUCACUAUUCGGUUGUUUCAAAGAUGUUCAUGUAUGUUGCUAUGGAUUCUGGUGUUGCUGUUGUCUAUAUGGUGAAAAUGCAGAAAAAAUAAAUAAUCGAUCAAAAUGUUUAACUCAUUGUUGCAUGUAUAGCUUCAUGAGUUUGUUUGGCUGUUGUUGUUUGAUGCAUACAGUUAAACGUGGACAGUUAAGAACAAAAUAUAACUUAGAAGAAGACGUUUGCGCAGAUUGCUUAAUGACUUGUUGUUGUCCACCAUGUGCUAUUUGCCAAGAAGCUCGAGAAAUCAAAGUUAGAGGAUCUGCACGACCACCAAUAAUUAUAAUACAUCAACCUGUUGUAUCAGUAUCAAGUAUAGCCGAUAGUAGCGUAAAUGACUGA